UAUAUAGCUCAGUGGUUCCAAUAUGGCGAAAAACGUGUUUGGUGAAACCUGAUGUAAUAUGCUUAAAAAAUGGAAAUUGUAGUAAAUAUUGACAGGUUUUACUUCUUAACAUGAUCCCUGAACACCGAAGAGUAUAAGAUGAAUCACUGUUUCAGAAUUUCGAUAACAUUUCGCCAUUUUCAUGGGCAGUUUGUGGUGAAGGGUCACCUUAUAAAUAUCCAAUCCUUUUAUCGUUUCCCACUACUGCCAGUGAUCAAUGAUUCAUAUCAGGACAACAACAAGAGGUAUUUCUCCACGGACAGACAUCGAAAACCACGAGGGUUUAUUGGAAAAAUCAUAGACAACAUCAGAGAUGGUUUAGAGAAAGAUAAAGAUAUGCAAGAGAAUAUUAAAAAGUUCCAGGAGGAAGCAGAAAAACUCGAACAAUCAUCUGCAUUCAAGACAGCCAAGAAACAGUUUGGUGUCAUCAACACUGCCAAGGAAAAAACUAGCGAAGGCAUUUCCAAGAUAUCAUCGGUUCUCAAGGACGGCAGCGAACAACUCAGUGAGAGUGCUUCAAAGGUUGUUGAUGACGUGAAGUCAAGUGAAACAUACAAAAGAGGACAACAAGUCUCUGAAGAGCUUGGAAGGUCAGCGCAAGAGGCUUUCACUAAAGUAAAAGAGCAUAGUGAAGAAUUAGGAAAAACAGAGGCAGCAAAAACCGUCACAAAGGGUUUAAAGACAGUGAAAGAAGAUUUGUUUGACCCUAUUGCUGAGAAAUCAAAACCUUACCAAAGACCAGAAACACUUCGGAGGAGAACUGAUCCAAAAACAGAAAGCGAAAUGAAAUUGAAUGAAAAAAGAAUAGAAGUCAACGAGGAUGCAACUGGUGUAGUUUUACACAAAGACUCUGUGUGGUAUCAGCAGUGGAAGAAUUUUAAAGACAAUAAUACUGUUGUUAAUGGAUUAUUUGAUUUGAAAAUGAAAUAUGACGAAAGCGACAAUUUGCUUAUCCGAGCCUCACGAAUUGUCACAGACAAACUUGGUGAUAUUUUCCAGGACGUUUUCUCACAAUCUGACAUGGCCAAAACUUUAGCAGAAAUCACAAAAAUUGAUCCAAGUUUUAAUAAGGAUAAAUUCCUCCAUGAGUGUGAAUAUGAGAUUAUACCAACUGUGCUACAGGCAUAUAUUAAUGGAGAUGUGGAACUUCUGCAGGAUUGGUGUCAUGAGCGGACAUACAGCGUACUUGCUGCCCAAAUUGAGCAAAACAAAGUGGCCGGAAUCAAAGUAGAUACAAAAAUAUUGGAUAUCAGAGAUGUAGAUCUUGCUCUUGCAAAAAUCAUGGAACAAGGUCCUGUGUUAAUUUUGACAUUUUCAGCUCAACAGACCAUGUGUGCAACCGAUGCCCGCGGGAAAGUUGUGGAGGGUGGAGAGGAUAAGAUAGAGUUGUUUAACUACGUGUGGGCAAUGUGUCGAGAUCAAACUAUUUUGAAACAUGAACAAGCAUGGAAAGUUUUGGAAUUUGGAAUACAGCACUCUAGCGAGUAUUACUGAUUGCGUCCUGCUUUCAUAAACAUCAAGAUAGACAGGCAUUGCUUCUUAUCUUGUUACCACAACCAUGCUCUCAUUGGCAGUCUGAUGAAGAUCACAAUGCCAAAAUUAUUACAAUCCUGUAGGACCGGCAAGUUUGAAAUCACACAUACACUUGUGUGGUUAGCCACAAUCAAGCUUGUUGAGGUCAUUCAAAAUACAGGAAAAACAACCUCUUUGAGUCAUUUAUAAACAUUGCUUGGACACAAGUACGUAACUAUAUGCGAGUUUUGAUACGAACAAAAACAUUGGAUGGAAGAGAUUAGGGAAUGGAGUCUUGUUGAAAUAAUAGCCAUAUUGCAGGCUAUCAAAGUCUAAAAGAUAAUCAAAACUUAAAUAUUUUAAACAAAGAUGUAGUUUAUU